UCGCCAAGACGCUCAGCGCGAAUUAGUUUACCCUAUCUUCAAACAGUUGAAGAAAAUAUAUAAAAUCCAAAGUUAAUAGCAAAGUGAUUGUGCUUGGUGAAACAGUUCAGUUGAAAAGCAUGACAGUUACCAUGAAGUUCAAACUAUUGCUAGUAGCACACAUACUUCUAAGUGUUUCUUGUAUAGCCACUGUCAAUGAGAAACCUGAGGUCAGUGCCAAUAAAAAACCACAAGCAGUUCGUGAUGCUUUACCAUCAUCGACGGAUUCAUCCAAAGAUGCACCCACCCCUGAAGCAACCACAUAUAAACCAUUCAAUCGUGUAUACCGAGCAUAUCCAGAAACGACUUAUUCGCCGGUAUAUGAUCAUAAUGAGUAUACAUCCCCUGGCUACGUGACCCCCCCAUCAACUGGCAGUCCGAGCUAUUACCAGACGACAACUACAACCACAAUGCCGCCACAAAUGUUUUCCAUCCAGCAGAUCAUGCAUCUUCUGGAGAUAAUACGCGAUUCUGAAGCAUUUGAUUACCUGUUCCCCUCGCAUUAUUAUUCACGAAGUGAACCUAGUACCUGCGGUUGUGGCGAAGAAAUCCAACAACUUCAGCACGCCCUUCUGCUACUGCAGGAAAGCGUUCGACAGCUGCGUAUUUUUGUACAUGCCGAUGAACUUGCCCAAUACAAUGGAAACACUAAAAAAGGACACUACCAUUGAACCAGCCAAGGACCUCGAGAGAAUAUAAUGUUGGAGCAAUGAAUAAAUCAGUCAAUAAAUUCGAAUACAGUACA